ACUUGAGGAAGCCAGUCAAACUAAAUCACCAUACUUAAAACUUUUUUAAUUAAAAUAUUUAAUUUGUUUGAAAAAAUAUCUGCCCGGAUCAUACUAUAGAAAGGAAAUUGCUGCUACCAUAACUGUCAUUCCAUUCAAACAAACACGCCCCUUGAAGUCAAGUCAUUUGAUUCAGAUUCCUUCCUAGUUUUUUUCCUUAAAAUCUCCAUGAAAGUUUCUGUUCUUUUUUUGAUUUGGUGGUUAUGGGUUAUGGAGAAUAAGUGAAAAGUUGUGAUAUUUUUUGAAGUGGAUAUUUUUCUUUUGAUGUAUUUAGAAAUGGGUUUGAUGGAGAUUUCACUGAUGCAUCAUGUUGGAAUAGUUUUGGUGUUGCUUUGGAUGCUUUCUCACUUCAAUCUUUGCCAUCCAGUUGCUUAUUUUGUGUCUCUCAUUUAUCUCUACUUGGCUCAUGAAAGGUAUGUAAUGAGAUUGAAGAAGAAAUUGGAAUUCGAGGGAAAAAGGCAAUCUUUUAGGAGAAGGGUACUUUCAGAUUCUGAAUCGGUUCGUUGGUUAAACCAUGCUGUUGAAAAGAUAUGGCCUAUUUGUAUGGAACAGAUUGCAUCACAGAAUAUUCUGCUUCCUAUCAUACCUUGGUUCUUGGAAAAGUACAAACCAUGGACUGCUAAGAAAGCUAUGGUUCAGCACUUAUAUUUGGGAAGAAAUCCACCUUUGUUCACAGAGAUGAGGGUUCUUCGCCAAUGCUCUGAUGAUGAUCACUUGGUACUGGAGUUGGGAAUGAAUUUUCUCACAGCAGAUGACAUGAGUGCAAUACUUGCUGUGAAACUAAGGAAAAGACUGGGAUUUGGAAUGUGGGCAAAGUUGCAUAUAACAGGCAUGCAUGUUGAAGGAAAGGUUUUGAUUGGGGUGAAGUUUAUCCGGCAGUGGCCUUUCCUUGGCCGUCUGCGAGUAUGCUUUGCUGAGCCUCCAUAUUUCCAGAUGACUGUGAAACCCAUCUUUACUCGUGGACUCGAUGUUACUGAACUUCCAGGGAUUGCGGGAUGGCUUGAUAAGCUUCUCUCGGUUGCAUUUGAGCAGACACUUGUCGAACCCAAUAUGCUGGUUGUUGAUGUUGAGAAAUUUACUUCACCCCAAGCAGAAAGCUGGUUUUCUGUUGAUGAGAAGCAACCUCUUGCUCAUGCCAAGGUUGAAAUUAUUGAAGCAUCUGAUAUGAAACCUUCAGAUUUAAAUGGGCUAGCUGAUCCAUAUGUGAAGGGGCAACUGGGCCCUUAUAGGCUCAGGACUAAGACGCACAAGAAAACUUUGACUCCAAAAUGGCAUGAGGAAUUUAUGAUCCCUGUUUGCACGUGGGAGACACCUAAUGUACUGAUUAUUGAAGUUUGUGACAAAGACCACUUUGUUGAUGAUACCCUUGGCAAUUGCACGGUAAAUAUAAGUGAUUUUAGGGGUGGCCAGAGACAUGACAUGUGGUUGCCUCUUCAAAAUAUUAAAAUGGGAAGGCUUCAUCUUGCUAUAACCGUGCUUGAAGAUAGCACUAAGGGAAGUGAUGAUGCAGCUGAUGCUGAAGAGUUAAACAAGGAAGAAAUACAAAACUCCUUUGCAACUAACGCUGCUGAUAAAGGUUCAUUCUCACCUAUAUCUUCGAAGAAAUCUCCAAACCUGCCGGAUCAUUUUGAACCUAUAAAUGUUGAAGGACAACAAGAAACCGGGAUAUGGGUUCAUCACCCAGGAAGUGAGGUGUCACAGACUUGGGAACCUAGAAAAGGGAAGGCUAGAAGCAUUGAGACACAGAUUCAUAGAGUGCCGAAUGAUUCUAUUGGCAGCACCCUUUCAGUAGCAUCUGCAUCCCCUAAAAGUGACCGCAGCAGUACCGAAGAAAACCCUGAUGCAAAAGUCAACAGAGUUAAGCGAGGUUUGCUGAAGCUCAGUUCUGUAUUUCAGAGGAGUCCCAGAAGCGAGGCUCACUCAGGCAACCUUGAAGAGGCAGUUCAGUCUUACAAUGCGAACCUCAGAGCAGUUAAUGACAAGGAGGUUUUGGUGAAGUUUGUAAUAGACGACAGUCUUUCAGGGCCUUCUUCUGAUAAGGUCUCAAAUGAUGGAAGCUUGAGUCCUGCAGGAAGCAGUCCAGAGAGCCCUAAAAGAAUGAAAGACAUGGCAAAGAGUUUUUUAAAACAUGCUGAGAAAUCUGCUCGUAGCAUAAAACAUGUUCUUUCCCGUAAAGGGUCAAAAAAAUCUUGCGAUCCAUCAGCAGUGGUAGAACAAGAGUGUUCAAUAAAAUCUGAUUCCUCUGAUGAUGGAUCUACGUCAUACCCUGAAGUCAAGAGAAUACAAGUUGUUUCCAAUCCCAUUUCCAGUUCCAGUGGCAAUGACGAUACUCAUGAUGCUCAGGAGCAUGUCAUUCUGACGGAUUCAAGCAACCAGGUGAACCCUGCAAUAAAUGUCGAGGGACAAUUGGAGAAAAUGACUGUUGAAGGGCCUAAUGAAAUAGAUGAUAAUGAGGUGAGCGGUCCCAUUAAACUCGGUAAUGAACUGAUUGAGUCUCCAAAACCAAAUUCUCCCGAAGGAAACUUGGAUUGUGAGAAAAAGGUAGAAGACACUCCUCAGACUGAUAUCAAACUUUAGGCUUGCUGAGGCAUAUGCUUUUCUUGAUUUCCUUUUUUUGUUUUUGUUUUUGUUUUACAUCUACGGAUAGAUAACUAUCAGUGGUAGUGGUACUGCAAUAGAGAGUCAGAUGAAUAGCAUACAUAUAGAUUGGUUCCUUGUAAAUCUCCAUGUUUUUUUUUCCCUCAAUCUUACAUGUAAAAUUCGAAAAUGAAACAGUUUGUACAUGUUGAUGAACUACACUUGAGUCUUGAGUGCAAUAGUUUUAUCUUCU